AUGGUGAACGAUGAAGGAAGGCAUUAUACCGUUUGCAUCCUAGAGAAAACUUGUAGUUGUGGGCGGGUUCAAAUUGACGAAUUACCAUGCCUACAUGCUUGGGCUGUCUUGAAAAGUAAGUUUCUGAUGCUGGAAGAUUAUUGCUUGGACUAUUACAAACUAAAGUCUGUUGUAAUGGCAUACGAGGUGCCCGUGUAUCCACUGCCUGACCGAAGUGAAUGGAAUAUACCAGCACAUAUAUCAGAGGAAGUUGUCUUACCACCCAAAUGGAAAAGACCUCCCGGAAGGCCAAAAAAGAAGCGCGAUAAGCCGUUAAGUGAAUUGCUUCAGAAGAAAAAUCAACAUUUGUGUAGUACAGAGGAAGUUGUCUUACCACCCAAAUGGAAAAGACCUCCAGAAGGCCAAAGAAGAAGCGCGAUAAGCCGUUAA